AUGUGUAGGGUAGAACACGUAAUAACGAGGAAUGAUUGCGAGGAGUUUAUACGUGCCGUCAAAAAAGAGACCAUAGAAUGCAUGUUCGAGGAGUUUUUCUUAAAUAAAAAAAACGAGAGAGAAUAUCGGGAAAUUACCGCUGACGAUUUAAUAUCCCUAACAUCCAAAAAAACAAACAGAUGCUUCUAUGUACCCGUAGUUGUCUACAUAGGAAAACAUCAUGGGAUAAGAAGUUACGAAGAAGGGUUAAUAAAGGAAAAGGAAAAAAAAAAAAAUCGUGAAAAAACUGAAAAUGAAAAUUUGAAAGCACAAGGAGAAAAAGAUGAUAAAAAUAGAAGAAUUAAUGAAGAAAUGAAAUAUGUAUAUGAAGAUAAAAUUUUUGACAAAUCGAACUUGCACACUGAGAUCCUGUCUGAUAAUAAUAACAAUCAACUUCCACUAAAAAGUAACGAUCUGAAUGAGAAAAAUUUUGAGAGAGUUCAGGUGGAGGCACCCCUAGGAGCUACUUCAAACAAUAAACAAAGUGAUAAAAAUGAUCACGUGCCAAAAGAUGAAACCAUAAAUGAUGAAAUGUUAAAUGGGGAGAAGAAUCCUAACCAUAAAGACAUACACAGUGACAAACAAUCACAUGUAUCAGUGGAUAAAGACAAACUAAUCGAAGAAAAUAUAAAGAAAAAAGCAAAUCCUAAUAAGAGUAAAAAGAAGAAAUGUACCCAGAAUAAAAAAAAUAAAAAUGCACAAGGAACAAAUGAUGAACCUACAAACCACGUGAAAAGACAAGAAAAGGAUAAUGAACACAAUGAGGGAAACACAAAGGACAAAUUAAACACAUUAAAAGGUAAAGAGGAACUAAAAAAACAUCUAGAAGAUGAACACGAGAAGAAAAAACAAAUGUAUUAUGACUUUCUACUAAAUCGUGUGAUAGAUAAUAUGCAAAAAAAAAGAGAACGAAAAAAAAAAUACUUAACAUCGUUUAAUUUGGUCACUUAUUUUAAAUUAAACGAGAUUAUUUACAUCUCCUUCUUGGUUGACAAGUAUCGUAGUUACUUCCAUGAUAUAGAAGAUAACGACCUGAUUGAUAUCUAUGAUGAAGAAAACAAAAAAAUGAAUGAAGGAAUGAAUCCCAGAAAUGACAAUAGAGUGGGCAACCAAAGGGACCUCUUAAAUGAACUAUCCACAUUCAACAAGCCAGGAGACGCCAAAUCAGACAAAAAGGAAGAAGAUUCAAUAAAUGUGCCACAUGAUACUAAGCGAAAAUGGACAGAUGAUAAUAAAAAAAUUACUCUCCUAGAUAUUGUAAAUAAAUAUAAAGAGGACAAAAAGAGAAAAGAAAAAAAAGUUUAUAAAAAAUAUGCGCAUAAGUAUAUACAUAGUAAAUAUCUAAGCAAUUAUCAAUUUGUAGGGAAAAAUGUAGAAAAAAUAAUGAACCAUGUUUUAUACAACUUGAAUUAUUUUUUUAAUGAAAAUAUAUUAAAUGUAGAAAAAUUGAUACAAGAGUACAGCACAGUGGUGUGCAACAUUUCUCAAACGAUGCAAAAUGGAAAAGGGAAUAAUUCCAUACAUAUUUUUAUGCCAGCUGUUAUGAAUAUAGGUCAAAAAGAAUUCAAUAAAAGUAAAACAAAUGAGCAGGCUCAAAAACAGGGAAAAAACAAUCCCAAUGAGGUAGAUGGAGACGGUGAAAAUUUUACUGUUGAAAAUGAUUUUCUCCUUUUAAAAGGUGUGGGUGAUUUAUCACCCAUAAAUGGAACUACUACAUGUGCAACCCCCCAGGUGAUGAAUAGAAAAAACAUUUUUCAAAAUGAGAAUUCUAAUUGUUAUAAAUCGAAUGAAAUGGAAAGAUUAACAAAAGACUCCCACGUCGGGGAAGACAACAAACGGACAGAAGAUGAAUUAAAGAGGGGCAAGUUUCAUAUAAAAAGGGGAAGUGGCAGAAGGCGAGUGAGAAGAAUGAAACCUUACUACAAGAACAAUACAACUCAACAUUCAGAAAUUGAUGAAAUACACGAUACGAAUUCUGAUUUCGAAUUGGACGAUAGGGAAAUUGCUUCGGACAAUUGUAUCAGUUAUGGGAAUAUAAAACAUACCAAUGAUGAAGUUAUGCAUAAAAAUUUCAUUUAUUAUUUAACAUACGAUAUAAACAAAAUACAAAUAUUUAAAAAGACAUACUUCUACAACUUUUUUUUUAUCUACAUGGUGAAAAAACUUUUCUGGAAUAUACUAUCUUUGUAUUAUUUAUGUUUAACAGAAAGAAAUAAGAAAGAAACAACAAUGAUGACAAUCUCAGAAAAAAAAGUACACCUUAAUACAUCAUUAAACUACCAAGAAGACGAAUGUGACAAUUUCACUUUCUACGAAAGUGAUGUUAGUGUGAACAAUUCAAAGAAAAACAAAGAAAUGUUAUACAAUACAAAUCAAAUGCUGUGCAAAAACUUGGAUCCUUUAUUUAAAUUAGUUAGGCAGGAAAAAUUGGUUAUUUAUCUUCGAUAUGACCAAAAUAAAAGAGUAAAAUAUAAAAACAAAACUGAGUACAUAUACAGAGAAAUAUGGCAAUACUUAAUUUUAACUCAUGUAAAGAAGGGAGCAAUCGUGGGAAAACAUAGUCCCUUCAGCGAUUUUGUACUCUUUUGCCAAAAGGAGGAGGAGGAAAAAAAAAAAAAAAAAAAAAAAAAUACCUGA